ACAACAAAUUCCGAGCUCGGUGCGCCAGAAAAAAAACGGAGAUCACAGAAAAGGUGUUCGCGAUUCCGCGGUCCGUGUUGUGUGAAUAUUUUAGAAAAGAGCAACCUCAGAUCACCUUCCUCCUUCGUCAAUAUUCAUCAAAACAGUGAAGGUAUUGUUGGUGCAUAGGGUGGUGGGCUGGUCUGCUACCUCCGCCCACAACGCAAAAAUACGCAAUCAUCGCAAACCCAAAGAAGAGCCAAGAAAGUGCAGACGAAAACGGCCAGCCUGUGCUGUUCCGUGGUGAUGUGAUUAUUGGUGGGUUAUGGAGCACGCUUGCAGAAAAUUUCUCCUGCGGCUAUCGAAAAUCAUCUCAACAACCGCGGGAACAACCUGCAGCGCCGAGAGACCAAAAGGCAGCAGUGGGCGCGGAACGUGAAGUAGAAAAAAUCCAUGACUAAUCCCUUCUUGGUUUCUUGGUUCGUUCGUUAGUGUGUUUACGUAGAAGUGAUCCAAGAAGGCGCAGGCCAAAGUGUGUCAGCUGCAGUGACCGUGUUCUGGUUACACCAGAUAGUGAUGCAGUGCAGUUAGAAUGAUGCAUUAAUCAUGGGUGGCGGGGUGUGCAUUGUGUUGGGUGUUGUUGCAAGUGCGUUGUGUUAAAGUGAGAGAAGUUGUGCGGAAAUAGCGGAAAACGAAAACCGGAAGAAUUGUUCGAGGAGAAGGCAUGGCGACGGUGGCUACUCCGAUGCUGAUCACCACGACUAGCUACCGUGGCUACGCUGGGUGUAACGGAAUUGUCUAACGAUUUGCCACAAACGAUACACGACGCCCGCGCCCGUACCACCUGCCUUAGCUAAUCGGCCACCUUUGAGCUGAGGCCGUUCCGACCGACGACCGACGACGAGUGCGAAUCAAGCGAGAAAGGUAGCGGAACAACGGUAACCGAAAUGAGCUGGCUACGAUCGAGUCCGCUGCGACAGAGCUUCACCAAAUCGGCACCCGGCAGCGGGGGUGGUAAUGGGUCACGAUACGGAUCCGGCAGUGGUGGCGGUGGCCUGUCCGUCAUCCGACCGUUCGAUGCGACCGAAUGCGAUCCCAAGGCUUGCUACGAUAGUUUCUGCAUUCACUGGCAGCAGGCAUACGAAAUCAUCCAACGAUCGGAGAACUAUCGCAGCCAAUCGCACGACGAUGUGCUCGGUGUGGUCACGCAUCUCGAUCACAUGGUGACGUUGCUGCUGGUGGAGCUGCACCAUUGCAACAAGCUAAGCCUGCCCGGUCAACCGACACCACCGGCCCCCUGUUUGGAGCAUUUGCUGAGCGAAAACCUUCUCGACAAGCUGUACGAGUGGGGCAUCAAAACGGGAAGAUACGCCAAUGCCGUCCGGUUGGAGCAGCUAAAGCUGUACGAGCAACUGGUCAGCCAUUCGCGACAUCAACUACUGGUACAUGAGCCGUUCCUGAGGCCGCUGCUGAAGCUGCUGGCUUCGAGCCAGAACGAAAUCUAUCCGCCCGACGUAGAGAAGCGAUUGGUGAUCCUGCUGAAUCAGCUGUGUGUGGUACUGAUGCAGAACGUGCAUCUACUUGAUCUGUUCUUCUUCUCCACGUCACAAACUCAAGCAGCCAAUAGCGGUCUGAAGCAGCAGCAGACGGCGAAUGAUUGCCACACUAAUUUCAUCAUCUUCUCGUUGCUGAUACCGUACGUGCACCGGGAGGGGUCGCUGGGUCAUCAGGCGCGCGAUGCACUGCUGCUGUGCAUGGCACUGUCGCAGAAGAACUCGAACGUGGGCACCUACAUUGCGACUUACUCGUCCAUCUGCCCGGUAUUAGUGACCGGACUGGGUGGGCUGUACUCGCGGCUACCGAACCAGAUCGACAUCCGUACGGCCGAUUGGUAUCGCAUCACCACCGACGAUGUAACGGAGUUGCCCGAGCUGACGCUAUUCAUGAACUCGCUCGAGUUUUGUAACGCCGUUGUCCAGGUAGCGCACGCCAUGAUACGCCAGCAGCUGCUCGAUUUCCUCUACCAGGGAUUCCUAGUGCCGGUUCUCGGUCCCGCGAUACUGCAGCAGUCAUUUAAAGGACAAGGUCAAUUCCAGACGAACGUGGAAUCGCAGGUAUCUGCGAUGGCAUACUUUGAUCUGAUCGUUCGCUCGAUCAGUGAACCGGGGCUGAUACAGCUCGUGAUCCGCUUUCUGCUCGACGAGGAAAAGUUCGAUGGCCAACGGAUACUAGACGUACUGGUGGAGCGGCUAAAUAGCAACGAUCCUCGGUUGUGCAUGGUCACGCUGUCACUGUUCGAUAGCCUGCUGAGUCUGAACUGCGAGGACAUUAUGCUAGAGCUGAUGCUCAAGUACUUGCUGCCGUGCAAGCACGUACCCAUAUCGCAUCGCUUCAAGAUCAACCGAGUCGAUCCGUACACGCAAGCCGUCGAAUACUUUCUCAACAUUACGCCCGAUAUCAUGCGCAAGGUGAACAGUGUGCUGAGUCUGAAUAACGCAAAUCCGACGAACCUGUUGGUCGGUGCUCCUGUACCGCUUUCAUCAAAUAACCGUUCGAUGGGAAUGAUGGGAACGGUGGGCAUCGUCGGGAGUAACAAUCUAAACGUUAGCAAAACGGUCGGUGCCAACUGGAACCAUUAUGGGUUGAAUACGGGAGAAACACUGCUGGCCAACUAUCAGGCGUACCUGCUCGAUGCACGCAAUCGUAUCGCACAGUGCAAACAUGCGUGUGAUCAGUGGAACAAUGUGUAUAGAUACCAGAAACUAUCCAAAACAUCGCUCACCCCAUCGGCAGCGGCCAGUGGACCAAGCAGCUUGACGAUGACGAUCGCACCAACGGAUGAGUCUGGUGCACCGAUUGGUCGCUCGGUGAAGGUGCAAUUGAUCAAAGACUUUCUUCAGGAAUUUUCCACCUCAAGUGAUCAGCAGGAAUCGGGAACGGUGGAACGUGGGGCCGUAGUGGCACCAAGUGCAAUAAUGUUUGGCGGUGUGGGACUCACCAGUGGGGGAAAGCAGCAGCUGGAUAGCUUACAGUCGAUCGGUGAUAGUAGCGGGUACGAAAGUUUGAACAUUUUCUCGCAAUCGACAAUGAGCAGUGAGCAUCAGUUGCAACCGCAGCCGCAAAUAGGAUCCCUGCUCGGUGACGCAGGUCAACAGCAGCAGCAUCCUCCGCGGCGGAUCGAUUCGUGGAAGAUUUCAAGCGUACGCGAGGAACUGAUCGGUGAUUUGGAUCUUUCGGAAGAUCUGUUUGCACAGGGGACAGUUAGUUUAGGUCCCUUUCUCACCGCGAUCUGGGGCAAGCUGCAAACGUUUACCAGCAACUGUCUGUACGUGAACCUUCAUCUGACCGGGCUAAUCAGCCAUCUGACACACUAUCCGUUACCGUUGCUGCACUCGAUAUUGUUGCGACCAGACAUCCCUACCACCUCCGAUACACCAUCGUUUCAUCAGGUGCUAAAAAUAUUGAAACAGCAGAUAGAUGCGGAACUGCCAGAUACGGACGAAGCGCUUGAGAUAGUGGACGUUGCGCGCUCAUUUUUGGUCGAUCGCGAGUUCCGGCUUGUUAAUAUGCGCAAAAAUGCGAUAGAAACGACUUCCGGCACCGUUACCGCUGGUAGACAGCCACUGUACAAUGGCAGUGGAGGAAGAGGAGGCACUGGCAGUGCGGGUGGCUCCAUGAUGACCUCAAGCUUGUCACAAACGACACCGAUGCAGCUGACACCUAGCUCAUCAUACGAUCCAUUCAAACGACAAGAUAGUAAACGCAAGAGCAUCAGCAACUCGUUUUCUAACAUUUUCCGGCGGCCGGGAUCCGUGGCUUCAUCGGGUAUUGCACAAAUAGUUGAAUUUUUUACCGGAUCGAGCAACGGCAAUAGUAACAAUGGAUUCAAUCAAUCGCCAAACGGAAGAUCACCCUCGGGUGCAUCAGGACAGGGAUCGAUGUCGAACAGCAGCAGUGGGGCCAACAGCAACAACCAUCCACCGACAAAUGGUUUACUGCUCGGUGGUGGUAGGCGAGAGUUACGCGAAGCAGAAACGCAAUUCAUGCCGAUGGCAGCAGACACGCCAGUGAACGGUCGGUUGGCGGCAUCGGCACCGGAUGGGCCGCUAGAGCUAGGAUCGAAUGAGCCAGCGUCACGUCAUCCUUCGGCGACUUCACCAGGCGGUGGCACCAGUAGUCACGAACAUGGACUAGCCAACUACAGUGUAGGCAGUGAACGGCAGCUUAAUCUUGCCAUCGGUGCCGUCCUGCUGGACGAAUGGUUACGCGAACUGUCGGCAAUCACGCAGGAACAGUGCAUAAUGAUGCUCUCGGAGCAAGUUCACCAGCAGCAGCAAUCGCAACGAUUAAGCUGAAAGUUAUUGCGUUGAAGAGAACCGUGAUGUGACGAGGCCGGUCGCGGAUCCAUUUACGAACAAUACUAUCGAUCAAUUAUUAGUCUUCGCAACCUAAUCCUACAUUUUCUGUAAUCCUAACGAACAAUUUGUGAUGUAAUUGAGUAACGAAGUAGAAUGUCUAAGGUGUAGCUUUCUGAGGGCGAAAAGAAAAGAUGCAAAAGGACACAACCUGUCGCUACCAAUUUGCACUGAAGAUGUAAAGCUUUCUCUUGUCAGCUGUGAAUAUUACACCUUUCAUCGUGGACAGUAUGCUCUGCUAUAGUGUUGGCAGUAAGAGAUGUAUUUUUUUAUCUUUUUAAUGACCAUCGCAUCAGGCAGAGCGAUGUUUUUGCAAUUCACCACCAACAACGACAGUUUAGCUAGAUAGUUUAUUUUAUGAGUUGCCUCUCGGAGGAACAGGAAAGAGGAACACCAAGUCGUGAGAGGAAACAUGCGAUGGAGUUUAGCGUUUUAGUUUUAAACGGCAAUCCGUUAGACGCGUAUGCGUGCUUCUAGUGCAUAGAUUUAACCAGCGAGAGCAAACUAGUUCUCGAUGAAGGAAAACGAAAUGAAAGGCCAAACAUAUAUUCAUUAACAUCCUACGUGCAUGUAGAAGAAAUCGUAGCAUGAAUGAUAACCCGGUCAAGUAGUGCUGCAGGAAAGAUAUCUAACAGGGGCUUAGUUUGCCAAGACGGGUCCGGCGUGAUGAGGAACGAAUAACCGAAUGUGUCGUAAAGUCGAUGCCGAUAUACAUAUAGAGUACACGUACAACUAUUUAUCAUUCAAAUUUGCUCUUUUUAAACCACCACCCGCCCGUUUUCGAAACCUCUUCAGACAGGAUGUUAAUUGUUUUUUUUCUUUUUUCUUUUGUAUUAAAUAUACAACGAAACAUUGUUUUUUUGAUAUAAUAUUAAAGAACAAGUCGAAACAAGCAA